AUGUCCACUACUAGGUCUGCCCCAACCUCACCACUCAUUUCAAACCUAAUAUCUGAUUCCAAUAGCACUUCUACUCAACAACAGCAGCAGCAAAAAAAUACACGUUCUAGUAGUGACAAGAUGUAUUUACACCCACCACCCUCAACUUCAAGCAACAAUGAUGAUUACACAUCAAACACUACAGACUCUAUUCAUCACAACGGUAACAACUACACAUCAUCACCUAUAAAUACCACGACAUCCACCAAUUCAACCAGCAGCUCAUUAGAGUCACGUUCUUACUCCACUUCCUCGGAGGAAGAAGAAGGUUCACUACUACCAAACACCACUGGCAAUGAUGACAAUACAUCAUCAUCUCACCUGACAGAUUCCAAUAAACUCAAAAAGCUAAAGGUUGAUACCAAAAACUUUGGAUCAAAAACAGCUUCAGGACAUUCUCGUAUUUUCAAUUGUAAAUUGUGCCAACGAGCUUUCACCAGAGAAGAACAUUUGACAAGACAUGUACAAUCAACCCAUAAUAAAUUAAAGCCAUUUGUAUGUGGCAUAUGCACCAGACCAUUUUCCAGACGAGACUUGCUACUUCGACAUGCUAAAAACUUGCAUGACGGUAGUGAAAAGGCCAUAAGUAGAAUACGAAGAUCAUACAAGAAUAAAAGAUCAGAUGAAAAUAGUGACACGCAAGUUGGGGAUCGUGGAGGUGAUCUUGCAAAAGAAUCUGAUAUUCUUGGAGAAACAAGAAGAGUAAGCCGUGGUGAGGUUGCUUCUGCUGUAGCUGAAGCUAGGGGUGGUUCAAUAAGCGAGGAAACUGAAGUGUCGGAUGAAGUAUCAGGAGAGGAAGAAGAAGAAGGGAUGUACUCCAAUAGAAGAAUAUUCACAUCUCGACUGAGCAAUAAUCAUCAUCAUCAUAAUCAUCAUCGCACUGGUUCUGAUAACACUACAGAAUUAGUUUCACCAAUUGAUGAAACUCCAGAGACUAAACGCUUAAAAAUGUCAGUUAAUAUGUUAGUUAGUUAG